AUGUUUAAAAUAAAGAGACUCUAAAAUUCUUUCGAGAAAAAGCUACUUUAGUUCUUUAUCAACUGGAAAAAAAGCACUUAAAAUUUCAAAUAUUGGAAAUCGAAUUUAAGCUUUAUGUAUAAAUGUAAUUUUGGAUUUUUUAGAUAAUACAGUUAUGACAAAGACUAAGAAGAAACAAGAAAUCUGCUUGUUUAAUAGGAAUUGUAAAUCUUAUAAUCAAUAUGCAAAUUCAAAAUGUUGAAUCAUAAUAAAUGUGAUUAGGAGGAUUAGCAAAGAAACUAUUCAAUCUUGUAAUCUUAAGUCUAACAAUUUACCACUUUGGUGUUACAGGGAGAAUUAAGAGAUAAAAUUAAUUUUAAUAACCGAAGAUCUGAACUUCUAAUGGAAAUAUAUUCUGCAUUGGAGGAAGUUUAAGCUAGUUCUAAUAUGAUCUUCUUAGAAUAUAAGUUCUAGCAAUUGGAAAUAUUAGGUUUAGUUAAAGGAUAGUUGAGCAAUUAAUAUAUUGAUCAAAUUUGUAAAUUGUAUCAUCACAAAGAAUUUUUGUUUGCUUUGGAACAAACUUAUAAUGAAAUGCUGAAAUAGAGAAUCUUCAAUAGUAACUUUUAAAAAAUAGCAAAAUGCUUAUACAUAAUACAACCAAAUUGCUAGCUAUAUGAAAUAAUUAGAGAUUUGAACGAAAAGAGUGAUGAUGAAUAAAUUGAAAAGACUUUCCAUUUAAAGGCUAUAGAAAUAGCAAUUAAGGAAGAAUAUCAGCAUUCAUUAAAGUUUCAUUUAGAAUAAUGUUUAUAUCAUAGUUGGAGUUAAGAACAAAAAGAUCUGUUAAUAGAAAGUUGUUUAAAGUUGUCUAAGCAAUUCUAGGAAAGAGAUCAAUUAUAUUAAGUACUUUAGGAUAUGAAAUAGUGGUGA